GGGCAGAACGGGGGGGGGGAGAAGAUGGAGGCCUGUACCUGAGGAGAAGAUGCGUGGGGCCCGGCGAUCAUCGCAGACAUCCAGCGGAGAUCAUGGCUCAGUGUUCCUGUCUGACAAAUCUGCAAGCAGCAUUCUGGUGAGACAAAAGAGAUAUAAUGCUGGCCGCUUGGAAGAAUUUGUUGCGGGCAAUCUGGAACGAGAAUGUAUAGAGGAAAAGUGCAGCUAUGAAGAAGCAAGAGAAGUCUUCGAGAAUGAUGAAAAAACUACGGAAUUUUGGAAGCAGUAUGUUGACGGAGAUCAGUGCAUAUCAAAUCCUUGUUUACAUGGAGGUGUAUGUAAAGAUGAUGUGAGCGCUUAUGAAUGCUGGUGUCAACAAGGAUACAGGGGAAGGAACUGUGAACUUGCACUGCCUAUCACUUGUACCAUUGAAAACGGUGGAUGCCAACAAAUGUGCAAGGAAGAUGCAAGUAAAAAAGUUAUCUGUUCCUGUGCAAGUGGCUACAAGUUGGGAGAAGAUGGAAAGUCAUGCGAGGAGGCAGUAAAAUAUCCCUGUGGAAAGGUUACUGCACCAGAAGCUAUACCAAAAGAUGUAACCCGUUCAAUCCUCAAUUUUGAAGACUAUAACUCCACUUCUAUUAUUUACCACAACUCAACAGAAAAUCUCAAAUCAGAUGAAGGUUCAGAUGCUAUUGUGCCUGAAAUAGUCGAUCCGAACGUUAAGAUUGUUGGUGGGGAAGACAGUCUAAAGGGAGAAUUUCCAUGGCAGGUUCACAUUAUCGACCAAAACGGUGAAGGCUUCUGUGGUGGAUCCAUUGUGAAUGAAAAAUGGAUAGUAACUGCCGCCCACUGUUUUCUUAAACCUGGUGAAUUCAGAGUAGUUGCAGGAGAACAUAACACGGAUAUUAAGGAGGGGACCGAACAAUAUCUGAAAAUAGCAAGAGUUAUCCCACAUUCAACUUAUAAUGCAACCAAAAGUAAAUACAAUAAUGACAUAGCCCUUGUAGAGCUAGCAGACCCCAUCAAACUAAAUGACUACGCAAGACCCAUCUGCAUUGGAAACAGAGAUUUCACAGACAAACUGCUGAAAACUGUAUCACACAGCUGGGUGACCGGCUGGGGGAAUGUAAGAUUCUUGGGAAGAUCGGCUAUAAAACUUCAGAAGUUGGCCGUGCCCUACAUUGACCGAGCCAGCUGCAAGAAGUCAAGCCGAUUUUUUGUGUCUACGUUCAUGUUCUGUGCUGGAUAUUCUGAUCUAGAAAAAGACUCUUGUCAGGGGGAUAGUGGCGGCCCACAUGCCUCUGAAUUUAGAAGUAUUUGGUUUCUGACUGGAAUUACCAGCUGGGGUGAUAAAUGUGCAGAGAAAGACAAAUAUGGAGUAUACACUCGAAUUUCCCGAUUUAAUGACUGGAUUUUGAGUACUACAAAGUUGACUUAAUCUAGACCUGUAUUAUACAUGGAGAUUUUUUCUUUUUAUGGCACUAGUGGUAAUAUGCUGCUUAUAAAAUUGUAUGAUUCACCAUGAAAUAUUUAAUUUUGGGCAGAAAAAUUAAAAACGUUAAA